UGAGCUCUGCAGACAUUAGUGUGUACACGUAUUAUACGGCUGCAUGGGCUGGACCCGCAGAGUCAAUGGGAACUAGCUAGCUAACUCAGCGCUGGCUAGCUUUCAAGUGGAAACCUAGCUAUGCUAACUUGGAGAAUAUAGCUGAUGUAUUCGGGUCAAGCGUCCGAAAACCGGUCUUUUUCUUAUAACAGUGGGACUUUACUUUCGUGCAUGGGAAGCAGACGACCUUUGCUGCCGCUGGUUAAAAACGCUUCAAGGUGGCGACAGACAAGGUUGCUGGAAAGCUGAGUUCUACUCUCUCAUGGGUGAAGAACUCGGUGUCCCACACAGUCAGUCAGAUGGCUAGCCAGGUGGCCACGCCCACGUCCCUGCAGACCACUACCAACUCCUCUUCUACGUCUCUGUCCUCGCCUGCCCUCUCCCCAUCCUCGCCGGCGCAGCUCAGUCCAGACGAUGUGGAGCUGCUUGCCAAGCUGGAGGAGCAGAACAGGCUGCUGGAGACAGACAGCAAGUCGCUGCGCUCCAUGAAUGGCUCCAGACGAAACAGUGGCUCCUCCCUGGUGUCCAGCUCCUCUGCCUCCUCCAACCUCUCCCACCUAGAGGAGGACUCGUGGAUCCUGUGGGGACGAAUCGUCAAUGAGUGGGAGGAUGUACGCAAGAAGAAGGAGAAGCAGCUCAAGGAUCUCGUCAGAAAAGGGAUUCCUCACCACUUUCGGGCAAUCGUGUGGCAGCUGUUGUGUAAAGCCCAGAAUAUGCCAAUCAAGGAUCAGUACUCGGAACUCCUGAAGAUGACGUCGCCCUGCGAGAAGCUGAUUCGCAGAGACAUCGCCCGCACUUAUCCCGAACACGAAUUCUUCAAGGAGAAAGACAGCUUGGGCCAGGAAGUGCUCUUCAAUGUCAUGAAGGCAUACUCUCUGGUUGACCGGGAGGUUGGCUAUUGUCAAGGGAGUGCGUUCAUUGUUGGACUGCUCCUCAUGCAGAUGCCAGAAGAGGAGGCUUUCUGUGUGUUUGUGAAGUUGAUGCAAGACUACAGAUUACGAGAGCUCUUCAAACCCAGUAUGGCUGAGCUGGGACUCUGCAUGUACCAGUUUGAGUCCAUGAUCCAGGAGCACCUCCCAGAGCUGCACAUGCAUUUCCAGGCUCAGAGCUUUCACACUUCCAUGUAUGCCUCCUCCUGGUUCCUCACCAUCUUCCUCACCUCCUUCCCUCUGCCUGUCGCCACGAGGAUCUUUGACAUCUUCAUGUGUGAGGGUCUGGAGAUAGUUUUCCGUGUGGGACUGGCCAUCCUUCAGAUGAACCAGACCGAACUCAUCCAGCUUGACAUGGAGGGAAUGUUACAGCACUUUCAGAAGGUCAUCCCACACCAGCUCGACAGUGGACCAGAUAAGGUCAUCCAAGCUGCUUAUCAAGUUAAAUACAAAGCCAAGAAGAUGAAAAAGUUAGAAAAAGAUUACACUACAAUCAAAACUAAAGAGAUGGAGGAGCAGGUGGAAAUAAAGCGGCUGCGCACAGAGAACAGGCUCCUGAAGCAGAGGAUAGACACACUAGAGAAAGAAAGUGCUUCCUUGGCAGAUAGAUUGAUCCAGGGACAAGUCACUCGAGCUCAGGAGGCAGAGGAGAACUACCUGGUCAAGCGGGAGCUGGCCACAGUCAAACAGCAGAGCGAGGAGGCCAGUGCUCAGCUGGAGCAGGCCAAGACAACCAUCAGGCAGCUCCAGCAGCAGCAGCAGCCGCAUGCGAAGGGAGCCCCUCGGUACUCUGAGGAGUCCGUCCUGCAGCUGGAGAGAGAGCUCGUGCAGGCCAGGCUGAAGGAGGCGGAGUCUCAGUGUGCUCUCAAGGAGAUGCAAGACAAGAUCCUGGAUAUGGAAAAGAGGAACACAUCGCUGCCAGAUGACACCAACGUGGCACGUCUUCAAGAGGAGCUGAUAGGGGUGAAGCUGAGAGAGGCAGAGGCUCUGACCGGCCUGAAAGAGUUGAGACAGCAGGUCAGAGACCUGGAGGAGCACUGGCAGCGUCACUUGGCACGCACUGCUGGUCGCUGGAAGGACAGCCCCAGGAAAAACACUGUGAGCGAGCUGCAGGACGAGCUGAUGAGCGUGAGGCUGCGUGAGGCCGAGGCACAGGCAGAGCUGCGAGAGACACGGCAGAGGAUGCUGGAGCUGGAGACACAGAAUCAGAUUCACAGUAACCAGCUGCGACGGGCGGAACAGGAGAGUCGCUGUCUUCAGGAGUGUGUGCAAACACUGACGCUGCAAAAUAAAGACCUGCAUGUGCAACUGCAAGAGAUCAAGCGGAGACAAGCUGAGAUUGAAUGCAAGAGUAAAGAAGAGGUGAUGGCAGUGAGGCUGCGGGAGGCCGACAACAUUGCUGCUAUGGCUGAACUCCAGCAGCAGAUCUCAGAGCUUGAGAUUCAGAAGGAAGAAGGAAAGGUCCAGGGCCAGCUGAACCACACAGACUCAAGCCAGUACAUCAGCGACCUCAAAGACCAGAUAAAGGAACUCAAACAGGAGAUUUGCUGCUUAAAAGCACAGAGGGGCUUGGCCAAUCAGCCCGCUUUUGAUGGGAUCCACAUCGUCAAUCACUAUGUGGGGGAUGAUGGGUCUUAUCAGUCUUCAGACGAGGAUGGAGUCAAGGUCCCGAACCUCCAGGACACCCAGCAGAGGAGCGGUGGUCGUAUCAGACUGCGCCCCAACCUUGGAGACACCGACAGUGAGGAGGAGGAGGAGGAUGAGGAGGCCCUGCGACUCUCUGUACCUCAGAGCGGCAGUCAAAAGUCCACCACGGUGUGA